GCGCGUGUCUAUUGCCAAUAUCUAGCCAAGAUGCCGGGUAUUAAGGCUGGUAUAGGCCCUUACUCUGAUGAGGCUGCCCCUAAGGUGGCUGAUCAGGUAAGGUACCUCAUGCCAAUCGCUAAGCUACUGUUCAUCUUGGUAGCAAUACUAGGGUUCGGUUUCUGUAUGGCAAUGUUGCUGAUAGCCACUGUAGAGGGUAUACAGUUGAAGGCAAUGCAGCCUGGAGAGUUCAAGGCUAAGAACGCUGACAUGACUGCCCUGAGCAUUGCUAUCUGUCUGAGUCAUCUAGCGCUACACUUUUUGGGCUACCAAUGCCGGUUCAUGAAGCUACGAUGGACUUCCUGGGACAGUGGAUUGUUCAUACUAGGCUUCGUGGUCGUCAUCUCUGCAUUCUUUGCAGUGUUCGUAAUGGUGAUGCCAACAGAUGGGAUUAACGUGGGAAAGGACGAUGCGUAUGGUGGCGUACGUGCCUAUAUCGCCAUGGGAUUCACUGGCCUUGAGCUGCUGGCGAUGUUCGGUUUCAUUAUUUGCGCUAUGAAGACACAUUGCUUCGGUGGCUGCAUGACACUUAACAAGAAGGUGUUCUACACGUUUGCAUUUAUAUACAUGCUGGUAUUUGCUGCCCAUGCGUAUACACUAUAUGAUUUAAAAGAGCGCCCGAAUGACUAUGGAGAUAAGGAGACUACCUGGCACAAGCACAGGUUCAUGGCAGCGGCUAAUUACAUUUUCGUGAUUGGAUUGUGUAUCAGUGCAUACCAGGUAAACCUAUGCUGCAUGUCAUUUACCAAGUGUGAUGGUGUGUUCAUAUUCCUGACUGGCACUGUCGUAGGCAUACUUAUAACAGUAUGUCUGUCAAUGUUCCCAGACAUUACACAAGAGCAAUGGACCCUCGUAGGCCUUAUCGCUAUGCUCUAUAUACUUACGGUUGCACUAUUCUUGUACAUUCAUGCCAAGAGGCCGCUGUGCAAGUACUACAACCCGGAUGUAAUAACCUUCGGGAUAUUCACGCUACUGUUCCUAUUACUGGUAUCCACCUUGAUAGCCCUGGGGGCGAAAUAUCAUACUAAUAUCGCAAGCAUUGCGGCUGACAUUAAAUGUGGGACGUUAAUAGCCAUGUUUCUGUACGGCUUUGUGGUAUUUGUGAUAAUGUUAGUGUUCGGGUUCAAGGGCAAUGCCAUCAAGGUAAUCAAGGGGCUCAUCAAGCAGGCGCGUGACGAACGAUUCCUUAGCAACGCCCAUGAGCUGGAUGCCAAUCCUUUGUACAACUCAGACUCUGAAACACCGGGUAGUGAAUGUAACCUUCGCGGACCGGAGUCAUCAGGAGGUGUCUUCCGUGAUUCGUGGUUACAUCCAACAAACUGAGUGAUGUUAUAUAACGGAAUGAAUCAGGAUACGAAUAAUAGCUAUGGAAAGGAAGCAUGCUAUGUCCAAUGUACUAUGAUGGGAUUGUUGUACGUUUAGGAAUAA